AUGGGGAGGAUUUUAGAGGUGUUGUCAAAAUCAGACAAGCACCCAAUGGAAAGGUUCUUCAAAUGCCCGAGGAAGUACAAGAAGUUUCCUCUUUGUGAUUUCUACAUGUUCGAAGAAGAAUAUGCCAACUUUCUUGUUAAUUAUGGGAUGCUUCCAAAAUCUGAGAUGUGUCAUUACCAUCCAUUGGAGAUGACAGAUGAUAGUGUGCAAGCUGAGAUGUAUGAACAUGUGAUGAAGAAAGAAGCUGCUGGUGUGUAUGAGCACAGGAGGACUAUAGCUUCGGCCAAGAAGGGAGGCAAGAAGAAGCAAAGACAUUUGAAUUGGAUGAUGUGUGUUGGUGUUGCUGUCCUAGUGUUGUUAGGUUUCAAUUCUGCCAUUCUCCUUGUGUUGGUUGUGAUGCAAAUGUAUAAGUAG